AUUGUAUUUCGCAGUAAAACACAAAAUAUUUAUUAGUUUUUGAAAAAUUGAUUUGAAUUUGAGUUGAAUUUGAUCGCAAAGACUGAUUGGUCUGCGAAGUGAUGACCGAAACGACGAUCGGUUUGAUUGACGUCUCGUUUUGCUGCCAAAGAUGUUGUCAACCCUUGCGGAUCAACUCCACCCUCAACACCAUCGACGAGCAGAUCAUCAGUGAAUUGAAUUCCGACAUCAAUUCAAACAACAAUCGAAACGAUCAGAAGCCCUUUGCCGUCAAAGAUGUCCACAAGAAUGUCAUCUACAAAGUGGUGCCACCGAUGCCCACCUCCACGGCCACCGACCCCUCCAAUGGCAACGGAUUUAUUGUCAUCGAGGAGACGACCAGUUCUUCGCAGUCGACGCCUGUCUCGGGCAAUGACCACAAGAGCGAGUCCUCCGGUUUCAGUAGUACUCAGAAGUUGUCUCAAGAGAUGAGACGAUUGCGACAGUUGUUUGACAUCCUGUCGGACCAGUCGGAUGUGGACCACCCGUUGUGCGAAGAGUGCGCCGACUUUGUGAUCGACCAAAUGGACCAUCAGUUGAGACAACUGGAGGACGAGAGCAAAGAGUACAACGAUUACCUCAAUUCCAUGCCAUCGGACGACAGGGGCGACCAAAACGACACCCAAACCGAGAUGAAUGAGUUGAUCGAGAAGUUGCAGUCAUUGGAGACCAUUGAGAAGCAGUUGACACAAGAACUCAAUGAAGUGAAGGAACAGCAGUUGAAAGCCGACGAAGAGAUUGUUCGACAGGAGAAUGAACUGAAGAGACUGAAUGUGGAGGAAGACAAGUAUUGGCACGAAUACAAUCACAUCAGACAUCACAUCUUCAUCUGCGAAGACGAACAGCAGAGUGUCGACAAUCAGUUGCGUUACGCGAAGACCCUGUUUGACAAACUCAAGAAUACAAACGUGUUUAACGCAACCUUUCAUAUAUGGCACAGCGGACCCUUUGGUACGAUCAAUAACUUCAGACUCGGACGACUGCCCACCGCUCCCGUCGAGUGGGGAGAGAUCAACGCGGCGUGGGGUCAGUCGGCCCUUCUGUUGCACUCAUUGGCCAAUAAAAUGAACUUCACUUUCAAGCGCUUCAAAAUCGUUCCGUACGGAAACCACUCCUUCUUAGAGUCACUGGAGGACAGAUCCCGCGAACUGCCGCUGUAUGCUUCGGGAGGGAUCCGGUACUUCUGGAACAAUAAGUUCGACAACGCAAUGGUGGCAUUCCUCGACUGUCUCCAGCAGUUCAAAGAACACGUCGAGACUCAGGAGAAGGACUUUGUGUUGCCCUAUAAAAUGGAAAGGGAUACCAUUGAAGACCCCAACACUAACGCCAAAUACUCAAUAAAGAUUCAGUUUAAUACUGAGGAGCAGUGGACAAAAGCGCUCAAAUUCAUGCUAACGAACCUGAAGUGGGCACUGGCCUGGGUGUCCGCCCAGUUCCUCAACAAUCAUUAAAUUUUGCAACAAAUUUAUAAAUUAGUUAUUUUUCUUUUUGUUUAA